GGUUUGCCGAGGUAGCUGUCAAUCAAGGAGAGCUUUCUCUCCCUAUUGGGCCUAGAGCCUGCCAGUACAUUCCAGGAGUUCCUGGUUUCCCAUCCCAAAAAGUGGUCCUGCAUAGGACCCUUUCUGAUUGGCCCCCAUGACCAUCUAAGGUUCGAAGUAAGGCUUCUUCAGUAGCCCAAGAAAUUUUGCACACACGUUCUUGGAGCUAGAAGCAUCUUUUGCCAGGAUCUCCAUGUUCAGUAUAGGAUUAGUCUUUGGCCCCGGCCCCUCACCAUUAACUGGUAACGUCAAUCAAGUCUGGCUGGCUGGCCCCACCUAUCACGUCAGAGUCAGAAGGAAACUAGGUCUCUGAUUGGCCCCUGAGCGACCUCGGGCCAAGUGGGAAUUGUCACCGUACCCCGGCGUCUCAGAAACGAAAUACGCCUUCCUCUCUUCCUUUCGGUCCAGUAAAAAACGUCUUCAUAGUCUACACUUUCCUGUGAUUGGAAGAGUGCCAUGAAAGGAGGGAAUUGAUUGGGCCUUCCCGACGUCCUUUCACGUAGCCUUGCCCAGAGCGGUGCGUUCUUCCGCCACCACAGGCGGUUGGGCGGAAGCGAUUGGCUAAAACGCCUGCUCCCUCCCGGUAAUGGGUGGAGGCGAGGUGGGAGGGAGAGGAGAGCUGUCUGUUACCCGCCAUGCACCGCGCCCCGGAGGUGGCUCCCUUUGGUCUGUAAUGUUUUGGCCAAUCCAAAAUGGCGGUGCAGGAAUCAGCUGCUCAGCUUUCCAUGACCCUGAAGGUGCAAGAGUAUCCAACCCUCAAGGUACCAUAUGAAACACUGAACAAGCGAUUUCGAGCUGCACAGAAAAAUAUUGACCGAGAGACCAGUCACGUCACCAUGGUAGUUGCAGAAUUAGAAAAAACAUUGAGCAGUUGUCCUGCUGUUGAUUCAGUUGUUAGUCUCCUUGACGGGGUAGUUGAAAAACUAAGUGUCCUGAAGAGAAAGGCAGUUGAAUCAAUUCAAGCUGAGGAUGAAAGUGCCAAGUUGUGCAAACGCAGAAUUGAACACCUUAAAGAGCAUAGCAGUGAUCAGCCAGCGGCUGCCAACAUGUGGAAAAAAAAACGCAUGGAUCGCAUGAUGGUGGAACAUCUUUUGCGCUGUGGCUACUACAACACAGCAGUCAAACUCGCCAGACAAAGUGGCAUUGAGGACUUGGUCAACAUUGAGAUGUUCUUAACAGCCAAAGAAGUGGAAGAAUCUUUGGAAAGACAGGAGACCAUGACGUGUUUGGCUUGGUGUCAUGAUAACAAAUCGAGACUCAGGAAAAUGAAGGGCCGUCAAAACGAGAACGAAACGAAGAUGGGACGCAAAUGUAAAUCGGCCUGUGAUUCCCCUAGAGAGAAUGAUGAUCUUGUUAUGGAAACCCUAAAAGGAAAACCAGAAUUGAGUUGUCUGGAGUUCAGCCUCAGGAUUCAGGAGUUCAUUGAACUCAUUCGACAGAAUAAAAGACUGGAUGCUGUGAGACAUGCAAGAAAGCACUUCAGUCAAGCUGAAGGAAGUCAGUUGGAUGAGGUUCGACAAGUGAUGGGAAUGUUAGCCUUUCCUUCAGACACUCAUAUCUCUCCUUAUAAGGAUCUUUUGGACCCUGCCCGAUGGAGGAUGUUGAUUCAGCAGUUUAGGUAUGAUAAUUACAGACUACAUCAACUGGGAAACAACUCAGUCUUCACCAUUACACUCCAGGCAGGCCUUUCUGCCAUAAAAACACCGAAUUUACAGUCUACCAAGAAGGAGAAAACAUGCACAGAUAAGUAUAUUUGUUACCAGAUAGAAUGAUAUAAGGACAGAAAAUAUAUCAGAAGUGUUUUUGAAAAACAUGAGGAAAGGUGACUUGCUUCUGAGAUUAUCAAAGAAGGUUUUGCAAAAGAUAGGACAGCCAACUUAUACCUUGAUGGGCAAAUAUUUUAACAAAUAGGGAUAAGGAGGGGGCAGAGGGAAUGCAUACCAGCCAUGAUAUACAGACUAUUCAAAAUACAGUGGACAAUUCCCUUUUCCAGUUUUCAGUUUCUCCAUCUAUAAAACAGGUUAGAACUAGCUGAUUUGUGAUGUCCCUUUUUGCUCUAAGUCUGUAAUAAGAGAAAAAAGAACACAGGAAUUAGUCACAGGACCUGAGCACUGAAUAGUACUGGAAUAACAAGUCUGCGUAAUUUAGGGCAAAGCCUUUUUGGGCCUUGGUUUUCUCAUGUACAAAAUGAGAAGAUUGGACUAGAUGAACUUCUGAGGUCCCUUCUCACUCUAAAUCUAUGAGCUUAAAAGAAUAAACUCUUAAAAGAUACUCCUUAGUUUUGAUUUAACCAAUGAACAUAUCAGUUUGAUAGUAUUUUAUUUUAUGGCCUUUUUUUUUUUUCUAAAGGAAUGAUACAAAAAAUGAUCAGAGAAAAUACUCUUAGGUUUUAUGUGAACAUCACAAGCCAUCCAAUUAUUCAUGUAGAAUGACAUUUUCCUACUGAAUUUAUGUCCUCACAGACUUAAUUUUUUUCUAAAUUGACUUUAAAGUAAACUAUAUUCUUCUCCAGGGCUAGAAUGCUAGAAUGUUAAAUCUAGAAAAAAGCUGCAGAAAUUCUCUAGACUUCUCUGAAGCGAAGAAGGGAAGAGGCUUGCCAAGGUACCUCUUAACAGUCAAGCCUCAACCCCCUCCUCCCUGCUCCAGUGUGACCUCUCUCCAGCCAUUGCUCCUUUAUGAACAACAAGUUUAUUCUGUUUAUGAUUGAAAGAAAAAAGGAAGACCUAUUAAGGAUGCUAAGGAUUUAUAGUCAGGUUAUUAUCAGUGUACCGUCUGGGGUCAGAAAGGCUGGCCAUUUUGGUGUAAACCAGUCUUUGAUUUAGAUUUCAGGUAGACAAUGAAACAAGAUUGUUCAGUUGAACCAUUAUUCCCACUGACUUGUCUGCCAUAUGUUGUGAAAGUAGCUACAAACUCAACAAAUAUCAGAAUUGGAAGGCCUAGUACAGUUCAUCUAGAUACCCUUUCCUGAACAGAAAGCCUUUAGCAUAGGGAAGAGCUCUUUCUACAGCAAGAUAGUAAAGUGGAAAGAACACUUAUCUUGGAGUCCCAAGGUCAAGGAUCCUGUCUUCUGCUGCUUACUCACUAAUCAUGUUAUCUUCUGGGGUAAAAUGGUUCAGUAGCAAUCUGAACUUCACAACAUUAUGAAGAAAAUGCUUUGUAAAUCACCAAGUGUCAUAGACAUAUGAGCUACUGUUCAUCUGUUACCAUUAAGAGUUCUGGAUUUGGAUCCAAAGAAACUAAGUUCAAAUUUUGACUCUAUUUACUCUGUGAGGAAUUGGGAGUAAUGCCAAAAUUUCAUACUUGGGUGCCUAGAAGGAUGGUGGUAUCCUAGACAAAAAUAUGGAAGUUUUGAAAGAGAGGUAAUUUUGAGAAGAAAAACUAUAAAUCCUAUUUUGGAUAUAUUGCAUUUUGAGAUUUCCUUAGGAGCAUCCAAUUUUAAACAUCUAGUAGAUAGUUAAAGAUAUAUUUGGGAAUUAUCUACAUUUCAGUGAUAAUUAAGCUGAUGGGAAUUAUUGAAAUUGCCAAGUGAGACCAAAUGAAAUUAUAUAAAGAGAAAAGGGGCCAGCACAGGUCCUUAGAGAUCUCCCACAGUUAGGAAACAUAACAAAGACAAUAAAUCAACAAAGGAAAUUGUGGUAAUGUUUAAACAGGUAGAAAGAGAAGGUGUCCCAAAGACCUGAGGAGGAGAUAUCAUUCAGAAUAAGACAGGAUAUUCAGCAUCGGCAGAUACUACAGAGAGGACAAAAAGGUUGAGUGCUGAAGUGAUAAUUUGCUAUACUUAUUUUUUAAUUUAUUAUUGUUGUUAUCAUUGUUAUUAUUAUUGACAGCUAAAUGGCACAGUGGAUAGGAAGCAUCCUCAUCCUAAGUUGAAAUCUCACCUCCAACACUUAUUAGCUCUGUGACUCUGGGCAAUCGAGCCCCAUUUACCUCAGUUUUCUCAUCAAUAAAAUAAAC